GGCCUUUGUCGCAGUUUGAGCAUGUGUUCGCGCCCGUUGGAAAGGGCUUCCAUGAGAUUGUUCUGCGCUGUUCGGGCGCGUCAAUGAAGGCGCACUAGUUAGUAUCGCUGGGCUUCAAUAGAUGAGUAAGAGGAUGCGAGCAGGGCGCGCAAGGGCUGGCUGGGCCCUGGCGAGUCUCUUCGCACUCGCGCUUCUACUCAUGCCGGUGUUGCUGCUUGCGGCCGAGGGCGACACGCUGUCGCGCGCUGGGAGGUCGCUGGCAGAAUACCGUCCGCAUGCACUGGAGAGCAGCGCCUCCGCCGGCGACGGCCCGGGUCCGCUGCUGGUGACGCUGCUGGACGGGCGGGUUGUGGCGGUGGUGCCGGACAGCGGCCAGGUGUUGUGGAGCUACGACACCGGCUCACCGCUGGUGACUGUCAAGCAGGGCCACGCUAUGUCUCCGGGCGUGCGCAUCUUCCCGGGGGUGGAUGGAGGGCUGUACGCCUACGGAGCGCUGGCGCCCGCAGCACCGCCCGGCGGCGGCGGCGGCGGCAGCGGCGGCGGCUCGGGAGCGGAGGGAGCGGACGGAGGCGGGCCGGGGGCGGAGGGCGAGGCUGAGGGCGCCAGCGGCCCGCCCGGGACCAAGCUGGAGCGCCUGCCCAUCACGCUGCCUGAGCUGGUGGACGCCUCGCCCUCCCUCACCGACGACGGCUCCGUCAUCCUGGGCCGCCGCCUGACGCGCGUGUACGUGCUGGACCGCGACAGCGGCGCACUGCUGCAGACGCUGGCGGAGGGGGGCGGCGCGGCGGCGGCUGCGGCAGCAGGAGGAGGAGGAGGAGGAGCGGGCGGAGGGCAUUUCGCUGGCUUUGAGGACAUGCCUGUGCUGCAGCUGCUGGACCCGGGGCGCACGGUGGUGGUGGGGAGGGAGGACUACGUGGUGCGCAGUGUGCAGGUCCAUACAGGCGUGGAGACCUGGAACGCCACCUAUAGCCGCCUCGUUAACCUGAGACCGCCCGGCAGCAGCAGCAGUAGCAGCAACACGCCCGCGGCGGCUACAGCCGGCGGCUUCCCGCCGCGAGGGGCGGGGCAGGCGGCGGCGGCGGCGCUGCCGGAGUUCACGGUGGGCGCCGACCACACCCUUCAGGCUCAUGACGCCGCGUCGGGCAUACGGCGCUGGGCAAUCGCGUUCGACACGCCGCCCGUUGGCGUCUUCGCCGCGCAACACGGCGACACAAACUACCUGGACCCAACCGUCGUGGCCGGCGGCGGCGCCGGCAGCGGCAAGGUGGCUGCCGGCGGCGCAGCCGCCGCCGCCGCCGCCCGGCGCGGCGGUAAGGGCGGCGCAGCCGCCCCCGGCGGCGCACUGCCGGCGGCGGCGGGCGCUGCCGGCGGCGGCAAGAUGGGCAAGGUGCUUGUAGGUCAGCUCAAGGGCAGUUUAUAUGCGUUGCCAGCGGAUCAUGUAACGCUCGACGCUUCGCUGGAGGCGCAGCCCUGGGGCGCAUUGGCGCUGGCGGGCCCGCCCGGCGGCGGCGCCGCCGGCGUGCCGCAGCUGCCCGCCGCCGGCGGCGCCGCCGACAACGCCGUCGCCGUCAUUGGCGGCGCCGGUACGGCCACAAGUACGACGGACGUGGUGACGUACAUGACGGACGCGGACAGCGGCGAGGGGGUGGUGUCUGGUCUGGUCUGUCCGCCUGGCGUGCAUCUGUUGGCGUUUGUGGAUGAGCCGCCGGCCGAGCGCCCGCCGCUGCCGUGGCUACCAGACGCCGCCAAGGCGGCGGCGCGGUCCGGCGGCGGCGGCGCGCUGGCGCCGGCCGCGAAUAUUGGUGGCGGCGGCGCGGCAGGGAAUGCCAGCGGCAGCGGCGUGGGUGGCGGCGGCGGGUCGUGGGCGGCGGGUGGCGGCGGCGGCGGAGGGAGCGUUGUGGUGGUGGUGGCGGCGGGCGUGGCGGGCGCGGCGGCGGUGCUGGUGGUUAUGCACGUGCGCGGUGGCGGCGCCGCCGGCAGCACCGCCGCCAGUACUGGCAAGGCUGGCGGUGGCAGCGAUGUCGGCGGCCUCGCGGUGGAGGCGGUUUCUGCAAACGGCGGCGGCGGCGGCGGCGCGUACGGCAAGGUCGGCAAGGGAGCGGGCGGCGCGAGGGCGCAGCAGCAGCAGGGCCAGCGCCGCAAGAAGGGCGGCGCUGGUGGCGGCGGCGGCGGCGGCGGUAUCCGCUCGCACCGUAGCAGCGACGGCGGCGGCGGCGCGCUGCCGGCCAUUGAUGAGGAUGCGGAGGUGGUGGUGCCGCCGCCGCCGGGGCAGCUGGCGGCGGUGGCGGCGGCGGCGGCGGCGAUGCCGCCGCCGGGCUCGCCGACGCCGGCCAAUGCGUCGCAGCACCUGCCGAGCGCGGAGGCGCGCGUGCGGGUCAACCCGGAUGGAUCGCUGCUGAUCGGCCGCCUUCGCGUGGGCCCGGCCAUCCUGGGGUACGGCAGCUCGGGCACGGUGGUGUACGAGGGCUGCCUGGACGGGCGGCAGGUGGCUGUGAAGCGCCUGCUGCGCCAGUUCACGGAGCUGGCCAGGAAGGAGAUCGAGGUGCUGAUCCUGUCGGACGAGCACCCCAAUGUGGUGCGCUGCUUCGCGCUGGAGGAAGACCGCGAGUUCGUGUACUUGGCGCUGGAGAGGUGCAGGUCCACGCUGUGUGACUUCCUGGCCACACCCGCCGGCCGCAGUCAGUUCGUGGACCCCGCAUCCAGGCAGCCCACAGCCAGGUGUACGGCGGCCAUGCUGGACAUCUGCCGGGGUCUGGCGGCGCUGCAUGAGCGAGGCAUCGUGCACCGCGACCUCAAGCCACACAACGUGCUGCUCACAGAGACGCUGGGUUCCUGCGGCUGGUCCCGCGCCAAGCUGUCCGACAUGGGGCUGUCAAAGCAGCUGGUGCCGGAGCAGUCCUCAUUCCACCUGCUGGAGAGCUCCACACACGGCGCCGGCGGCUCCAGCGGCUGGCAGGCUCCGGAGCAGCUCAUCGCGCGGGGCGGCGGCGCGGCGCGUCAGACGCGGUCCAUGGACGUGUUCAGCCUGGGCUGCAUUCUGUACUACUGCAUGACAGGCGGGCGCCACCCCUUCGGCGACAACACCUACGAGCGGGACGCAAACAUCCUGAACGGCGCGCCAGCGGUGGCGGCGCUGGCGGCGGCGGCCGGGCCGGAGGCCGCCAACCUGGUGUGGGCCUGCCUGGCCAAGGACCCCGCGGCCCGCCCCUGCAUGGCGGCGGUGCUGGGCCACCCGCUGUGGUGGGGCGAGGAGCGGCGGCUGGGCUUCCUCAUUGACCUCAGCGACAGGAUUGAAAACGAGGAUCGCGAGCCCGACCAGUCGCUGCUGGAGGCGCUGGAGUGCCACGCACGUGUGGCGCUGUCGGGGCCGGCGGUGGCGCUGGAGGGAGCGGUGGCGGCAGGGGGCGAGGCGGCGGCGACGACCUCCAGUGCAGGAGGUGCCGCCGCGCCGGCGCUGCCGCCCGCCAUCGCGGCCGCGCUGGCGCCCAUCCCCAACUGGGGCGCCGCAUUGCCGCCCGAGCUCCUUGGCAACCUGGGCAGAUACAGGCGCUACGACUACACCAGCCUGCGCGACCUGAUGCGUGUGGUGCGCAACAAGCGCAACCACUUCCGGGAGAUGCCGCAGCAGCUGCAGGCCAUGCUGGGCCCCAUUCCGGGCGGCUUCCUGCGCUACUUCGCCGCGCGCUUUCCGCGCCUGCUGCUGGCCGGCUACGCCUUCAGCCUGCGGUACCUGGCGGCGGAGCCCAACCUGCAGCAGUACUGGGGAGGAGGCGGAGGAGCAGGAGGGGGAGGAGCAGGAGGAGGCGGCGGAGGAGGCGGCAGAGGCGGAGGAGGAGGGGGGAGCAUGGGCGGCGCGGGCGAGGCGACCACGGGCGCGGGCAGCAGGCAGCCGUUCGUGCAGACGUUCGUGUCCGUGUACGGCCCCAACCUCCGACCCAUCAAGACGGCACUGGUACUACCUGCAACCGCCAACAGUAACGGCAUCAACGGUAGCAGUAGCACCAGCAGCCUCUCAACGGCCGCAGCCGCCAACGGCAGUAGCAGCGCCGCGCCAGCGGCGCCGGCGGCUGCAGGCGGCGGUAGCAGCGAGCGAGACGGCACGAGCGGAGGCGCCGACGCGAGCGGUGCGGAAGGGGCGGCGGCUGCAGGCGGCGGCGCGUGGGGUGCGGUGGCGGUGGCGGCGGCGGCGGAAAGAUCCUUGUCUGCGUCGUCCACGGAACCGACUCCAGCAGAGGCGGCAACGGCGACGGCGGCAAAUGCCACGCCGUCCAACACGCCCAGCAAAGCAGCCAAGAGUAAAAAGCAACCAGGAGGAGGUGGCGGUGGCGCCGCCGCCGCCGCCGCAGAGCCGCAGCAGCCGGGCACACCGCCGCCGCCGCCGCCAGCAGCAGAAGCAGAAGCAGCAGUAGCGCCCUCCACCGCCGCCGCACCCUCCACCCCUGCCACGAGCACCCCUGGCGCCGCAGCUACAACCGCCGCCACCCCCGCACCUGCCUUCUCCUCCCCCGCACCCGCACCCUCCGCGCCCGCACCCUCCUCCUUUGCUACAGCCGCCGCCGCCGCCUCUGCUACUGCCGCCACCGCCUCCAACACCACCACCGCCUCCAACACCACCACCAACAACAACAACAACAACAACAGCAUCUCCACGGCGGUCCUGGUUGGCUACGAGCCGAGCGGCGACGACGGCGACUGCCACGUGCGCGAGUUUCCUCGGCGGCCGGGCAAGCAGCUGUGCGACUUUUAUGUCAAGACGGGUCACUGCAAAUUCGCAGACACAUGCGUGUUCGACCACCCGGUGGAGCACGCCGUGCGUCUCACGGCGCUGGGUCUGCCGCUGCGGCCCGCCGAGCCGGUGUGCACCUUUUACCUCAAGAACAACGAGUGCGGCUUCGGGCCCGCCUGCAAGUUCAACCACCCCAUGCUGAGGCCCGUGUUCGCCGGCUCGGCUGCAUCCGACGCGGCUGCGGUGCCUGCUGGGGCAGACCAGUAAGGAGCGCGCGCAUGUAAACAGUCAUCAGCGGCGGCGGGCGCCGAGCGCGCGUGAAGACCGAGGCGGCGGGCAUCCGGGGUCGCAGUUUGUGCAAGGCUGCUUGGAGCCUGGGUGGGGUGGGCUAAGCCAACGGUGUUGACUCAAGUACACCCAUGCGUGGGUGCUACGGCUUACGUGCGGAGAUAGGGGCGGCCAGCCCUACCUUGCUUGCGGACGAUGUGGGGGCGGGCGUCAGGGGGCGGUGAAGUCGCAGGAAUGCGGGAUAGCUGGUGGUUGAAAGACAAGACACAGACGCCUUGUGAAGUACUGGAACGUGUGCAUGAGGUUCAUUGGCGGCGGCAUGAAGAGUGGGAGCAACAGCGGCCCGGCCCUGCCGGCAGCGCAAAAGCAACGUUAGCAGAGAAGACCAUAUCAGCAGGGCACUGACUACCUACUUGAGAUUGCAUGGGUUCGCAAGCGGGACCUGCUGACGUGGUGCAAGGAUUUGUGUAGAUUACGAGGAGGCAGCAGCAGGCAACGUGCGUGACGCUGGGGGGUUGUGUGGACGUGACCCGAGCGACGGGCUGGGUAUGUAUGUGUGUGGGGUGUCUGGAGGUGUGGGGCGCUUGCGCGUGUACAUGUGCUUGUGCUUGAUUGCAUUUGCAAAAGGUGUGCGGGAAAGAGGGGAAUUGAAUGACAACUGGACGCAGCAAGUGAGCCGGACAAGCACGGGAGCAAGCUGCGUGAGUGUGUUGCGGCUGGUGGUGAGCGCUAGUGACGAGCUGGAGAGCUAGAGGCCGCGCCACACCGGCAAUGCAUGGGUGCACUAGCAAGAAACAUGUGACUUGGCAGUUUGCCAGUACAUUGGCAUGCAUAUCGCAACCCACAACUAGGCGCCCCACAUCUGACGAAUGAAGAGGCGCAGGCCGAACAGCAGCAGUACGGUAAGCACAGGUCUGUGUUACAUUUGGAGGAGCCCGGCUUCCCAGCAGGUCUUGCACUCCUUUCGUUGCCUCAUUGUGGCAUGCAAUACGCUUCAGUCCAGCAAUUGAUGAGUUCAGUGGAUGCGUUUUGUCCUUGUGCCGGGCAGCACACGUGCUGACUCGGGUCCUACCUGGACUCCUGCCUGGGUCCCGUCCUAACUCGUGUGUCUUGUCCUAAGACCCAUCUCCUAUAAUAUCCAUCUACAACUGCCUUACAAGUCUUACCCACCUGUCUAAGCAACAGGCCGUACAUACACACGCGCAUGCAAGUGGAUGGGAUCACGAAUGCACAACCAAAGUACGUAUGGUCACAGCUGGCCGGCCUAUCCUAAGUAACCACAU